GUGGUAUUCACUCCUAGGUAUUUCGAACUCGAUGUGUAGCAUCAAUCGAAGAAGAUGAAUGGGGUCGAUGUUAAAAUUGCACGCUUAGUUGGCCGAGAAAGAGGCUUGUCCGUUGUUGGUGCAACGGUUGUAUUGGUCAAAGUAGUAUUGGCAGCUCGCGACGUUGUUCUGGUUGGCGUUCAAGCAGUCCAUGAAGGCUUUGUGGUCGUUGGAGCAGGCGUUUUGGGCAGGAGCAGCAGCAGCUGCAGGGGCAACCGCAGGUGCUUCUUGGCGCGCUUCGUCACUGCUACCGCCGAAAGAGUUGGCAACGGCACCGACCGCACGGUGGGCAAUCGCGCUACCGGUACCAAAGGCCAUACCGGAGGCAACAGUGCCCAGCAAGCCGGACAUCAUGCCGCCGCUUUGUUGCUGCAUGGGAGCAGGAGCAGGGGCCGCUUGCACGGGUGCCGGAGCAGGCGCGGGUUUAGGAGCGGGCUUAGCAGCUGGGGCAGGCGCCGAGCGGCGAGGAGACGAAGACGAACGGGAGCGGGCCAUUGUCGCGUGAGAGGUUCCUGCUGAAAGGUGAAAUGAGCGGAGUUGAG